GCGUCUGAGCACAAGGACCAGCUUUCCCGGCUGAAGGACACAGACCCCGAGUUCUACAAGUUCCUGCAGGAGAACGACCAGAGCCUCCUGGACUUCAGCGACUCGGAUGGCUCUGAGGACGGAGGGGAGCAGCUGCACUCCCUGCCCGGCGCGCUGGAGGAAGCCAGCGAAGAGGAAGGUGAGGAGGACGAGGAUGGGGCCUCCAGGGGACCGGAGGGGAAGAAGAGGGAGGCCACCCCCGUGACCCUGGCCAUGGUCGAGAGGUGGAAGCGGGCGGCGAAGCAGCACCUAACUCCCAAGCUGUUCCACGAAGUUGUGCAGGCGUUCCGAGCAGCUGUGGCUACCACCCAAGGAGACCCAGCGGGUGCUGAGGCCAUUAAGUUCCAGGUCACAGACAGUGCUGUGUUCAACGCUCUGGUCACCUUCUGCAUCAGAGAUCUCCUUGGCUGCCUCCAGAAGCUGCUAUUUGGAAAAGCCCCAAAGGACAGCAGCAGGGUGCUGCAGCCAUCCAGUAGCCCGCUGUGGGGGAAGCUCCGGCUGGACGUCAAGGCUUACCUGAGCUCAGUCAUACAGCUAGUGGCCUGCGUGGCAGAGGCGACGGUGGCAGCAGCCCUCCUGCAGCACAUCAGCAGCUCCGUGCCCUACUUCUUGACCUUCCCCAAGCAGUGCCGCAUGCUGCUCAAGAGGAUGGUGGUCCUGUGGAGCACGGGCGAGGAGACGGUGCGAGUGUUAGCCUUCCUGGUCCUCAUCAGAGUCUGCCGGCACAAGAGAGACACCUUCCUGAGCCCCGUCCUGAAGCAAAUGUACAUCACGUACGUGAGGAACUGCAAGUUCACCUCCCCCAGCACCCUGCCCCUCAUCAGCUUCAUGCAGCGGACGCUGACUGAGCUGCUGGCGCUGGACACCAGCGUCGCCUACCAGCACGCCUUCCUGUACGUCCGCCAGCUCGCCAUCCACCUGCGCAACGCCAUGACCAUGCGCAAGAAGGAGACACACCAAUCCGUGUACAACUGGCAGUUCAUGCACUGCCUGCAGCUGUGGUGCCGCGUCCUCAGCACCAUCUGCCCCAGCGACACCCUCCAGCCCUUGAUCUACCCCCUCGCCCAGGUCGUGCUCGGCUGCAUCAAGCUGGUGCCUACCGCACGCUUCUACCCGCUGCGCAUGCACUGCGUGCGCAUCCUGACACUGCUCUCCGAGGGCACCGGCACCUUCAUCCCUGUGCUGCCCUUCAUCCUCGAGGUUUUCCAGCAGGUUGACUUCAACAGGAAGCCGGGACGGAUGAGUUCCAGGCCCAUCAACUUCGCGGUGAUCCUGAAGCUGUCGAAGGUCAACCUGCAGGAGAAGGCUUACCGGGACGGGCUGGUGGAGCAGCUGUACGACCUCACCCUCGAGUACCUGCACAGCCAGGCCCACAGCAUCGCCUUCCCAGAGCUGGCGCUGCCCGCCAUCCUGCAGCUCAAGUCCUUCCUCCGAGAGUGCAAGGUGGCCAACUACUGCCGGCAGGUGCGCCAGCUGCUGGAGAAGGUGCAGGAGAACGCAGACCACAUCUGCCACCUCCGCCAGAGGGCCUCCUUCGGCGUGGCCAACCGGCAGGCCGUGGAUGACUGGGAGAAGCAGACCCGAGAGGAGGGGACUCCGCUCACCAAGUACUACAGCCAGUGGCGGAAACUGAGGGGGUUCUUGCUGGUGGCACGGCUGUGGCCGUGUGGCCGGGCUGGCACCCAGGGCUCCCUGCACACCCUCACCUGCUGCUUGUUUUGGGCCUUUCAGCUGGAAGACCUGAACUUCCCCGAGAUAAAGCGGCGGAAGCUGGGGGACAGAAAGGAUGAGGACAGGGUGGAAUUCAAGGACCUCUUCAACCUGGACAGUGAUGAUGAUGAUGAAGACUUCGCGGAGAGAGUUACUCCUAGGUCUCCCGGAGCUCAGCACGGGGUAGAGGACGACGACGAGGGUGAAGACAGGGACAGCAGCAGUGGCCAAGAAGCUAGCAACUCAGAGGAUGGAGGCUCAGAGGCAGAGUCAGGGCCGGCCCCCCGGGAGCUGUGGCGACUGCUUGCCCAGGGGCCGGAGGAUGAACUGGAAGACCUACAACUCUCUGAGGAGGACUGAGGGCCCCGUCCUGGUCUGUCUGCAGUGCCC